AUGGCAAACUGUGGCUGGAGAUAUGAAGGCAGAAAUGGUCCUGAACAAUGGAGUAGGUUGUACCCCAUUGCAAAUGGGAAUAACCAGUCUCCAAUCGAUAUUAAAACCAAAGAAACAAAACAUGAUCCUUGUCUACAACCUGUAUGCCUCUGCUAUGAUCCAGCCACAGCCAAAGAAAUGACCAAUAAUGGUUACACACUCCAAAUAACUUUUAAGGACCACGAUAACCGAUCUGUGCUUAGAAAUGGUCCUGUCUGUGAAAUCUAUAGGCUGCGGGAGAUCCAUUUUCACUGGGGAUGUACAGAUGACUGUGGUUCUGAGCAUACAGUGGAUGGGGCCAAUUACUCUGGAGAGCUUAACCUUGUUCAUUGGAAUUCUGAAAAGUACUCUUGUUUUGCUGAAGCCGUCUCACAGGCUGAUGGGUUAGUAGUUUUAUCAGUUUUGAUGAAGAUUGGUCGGGAAAACAUUCAUUUGCAGAGGAUAGUUGAUGCCUUACACGCAGUUAAAACAAAGGGCAAAACAAUUCCAUUCACAAAUUUUAAUCCCUCUUGUCUUCUUCCUUCAUCGUUGGAUUACUGGACCUACUUUGGCUCUCUGACUUCUCCUCCCCUUUGUGAAAGUGUAACCUGGAUGAUCUGUAAAAUGCCCAUUAUCAUCAGCCCAUGUCAGCUGGCACAGUUCCGCAGUCUUCUCUCAAACGCUGAGUGUGAAACAGUCAUCCCAAUUUGGAACAACUGCAGACCACCACAGCCUCUGAAGGGGAGAAGAGUGAGGAGCUUCACUCUGGAUGAUCCAGGCACCACGUUAAACUUACCCCGCCAAGUGCCCAACUCUGCUCAGUAUAAAUGUAACGAAGCAGUUUAUAAGAAACAGUAG